AUGUUGAGAUCCCGGCUGCCCAAUGUCUCAGCAGGAGGCGACUAUGGCAAAGGACUUUUCAACAGGGAGAUGGGACCCUUGCAGAGCCAGCUCCAUCAGGGAGAAUAUGCCUUACUGAAGCUCGCCCCCAUGUUGGAAAGUGACUUUGUGCAGAUUAGCAAGCGAGAAGAGGUGAUUGAUGUACACAACCAAGUCCAGACCGUGACUGUUGGAGUUGCUUGCACAUCCCCCAACCUGCUGGUCCCCAACGUGUUGCUUCUGGCUCGCCCCAUCUUCCCCCCUGAAGAGGCUGCUCCAAAGUUUAAAUCCUUGUUCCACCAGUCUUCCUCAAUGUUGAGAUUUGAACUCACCAGGCUUCUCCCUCUGAGUUUUGUCAAGAUCUCGCUCCACAACCCAGAGAAGAAGCAGCUGCGAUUCAAGCUGGCGAGCGGCCGUACCUUCUACUUGCAGCUUUGCCCCCAGCCUGGCACGAAAGAGGACGUCUUCAAACUGUGGGUCAAGGUGGUCAACAUGCUGCGGCCACCCUCAGACCAAAGAUCCAAACUGCACAGCAAUGCCAAAGACCCUGGGGUGUGUGGGGAGGCCCCACCCCAGAGGGCAUCACCCCAGAGGCCACAGAGCCCGUCAUCCUUAAACCUAGAAGAAAGAGUGAGCAUCCGCAGCAUCUACUCGCCCUCUGAAGUGCCCAGCCCUGCACAAGAAGAGUCCAGGAGCACGCGCAGCCUGGCCUUGUCGAUGGGGAGCCAGCCUAGCUUCCGAGGCCCCAGCUGCUCUCCUGUUGAAAGUGAAGGAAGGACAUCUGGAUCUGAGGGGAUGGGGUUAGUGGAGCCUUUGGAGAGGCCUCCCAGCCGCAGGAGUCGGGGCAGAAUUUCCCAUGGUGGCAGUAGGGAAUUACGUGGUAUGACUGGAUUAAGUAGUCUGAUGGCCUGUUCUCAUUUCAGGAAAACCAGUAAGAGCAGAAGUAGCAGAAGGAAGUCUCCCCGGAGAAGUUCAAGCCGGAAGCCCAGCAAGAUUGUUGCCCUCAUCAGAUCCUGCUCCUGGGGAAGCCGGAGGAGGAGCAAGAGCCGAGAUGCCAAGUCCCGGGGCAAAGGAAAGAAACGCUGA